GAGCACAGGUUGAAGAGUCCACACACACACACACACGCCAGGACAGACCCUCUGUCACUGGGUUUCCCAUCCCGGGAGUCCAGGGGAAGAGGAGCCUGAGAAAAAACUCCCCCCUGAUCUAACGGGAAGGCCAUCGUGGAACACUCCAGAAUGUUUUUCAGACUCCCAAGACUGACUCCGGGCUACAUCAGGUUGUUGCAGACCCAGGCCUACCAUAAUGUGCCUGUGACUCCUCCAGCUGAGAAGACCAUGCCUGGUAUGGCCAUGCUGCUGGGGGCUGUGGGGAUUGGCAUGUGUGGCUACAGCUCCAGGCAGUUGGCCCUCUACCACCGGCCCUCCGCCCGUGUGCUGCAGUGGGUUGGCACGCACACUGAUGCCAGUGUGGUGGGCGCUGCGGCCCAUAGGACCCCCCUCCUGGAUGUAACUCGCCGGGCCAAUGCCUGCCAGGAGAUCCCUCCUCCCUCCUUUGUGGGCCAGAAAGUUCCCUUGAAAUAACUUGUGAUUCUAGGUAGGACUUAGGCUGGCCAACAUCAUUGGUUGAGUUCCAGUAACUACACUUUUGCACGUCUAAGAUCGUAGCUAUGCUGGCCCAUUGUGCUAAUGCGGCCCAUGUGCUCUCUGAAGAUGUGCUAUAGUGUGGACUCUGACUGAACCUGUAUGUUGGCAGGAAGUUGGAAGUGAUAUCUAGUAGUUAUUUGGAAUACUGUCAGUAGUGCAACUCAUAUAAAAAUUGUGUAAAAUUCUACUGGAAUGCGUAAAUUAUUCACUAAUAUUAGAGUCUUUAAUGCACUAAGAGGAUACUAACUAAGCAAUGUGAAUGGUUGGAUGAGUACAUAAUGAUGCUGGAACUUCCCAAAGACUGUUGCUGAAUGUGGCUUGAAUGAGCUAACAUGUUUAAUUUGGAGACAUUGUGUGUCUUUUUGAGGCCUGGCGUAAUGAGGGACUGACACUUGGCAGUGCCCUUCUGUACACAGAUGGUUGGCAACCCGUUUC